CUCGUAUCAUUACCAUCACUCGUUUGGGUUGGUCGAAAGCUCCUCCGUCCAGAGCUAUCCAUUCAUUUCAAUAUCCUGCCCUUCUUCAAUAGAAGGAAACAAUCAUGAUCAAAAUGCGCGCAUUCAUUCCCCUGGCAAUCUUGCUGAAUUCCCUGGCGGCUGCUAUCAGCAUCACCGAGCCCGGCCUGAAUGCGACUUACGCAGCUGGAUCCACGGUCACUGUCAACUGGACCACCGUUGACACAGAUCCCUCGUACUUCAGUCUCUAUCUCUGGAACUUUGUGUCAUGGCCUCCAUCAUAUCUUGCUCUGGCUACCAAUAUCCCUACGUCGGAUGGAUCCUACUCGGUGCAAAUUCCCUGUGACACCAACCCUGAAUGGGGAUAUCAGAUCAGCGCGAUUAACGGCACCAAUAUUUACAUCAUCUACGCCCAGGGAGCGCAUUUUACUGUGAAUAAGUCUCUCGACGGCAGUCGCUGUGUGGACACAGUCUCCUCGCCUUCGGUUUCUACCUGCCGCGCCAGCACCGCAGUGUCGACCGUAUAUGUGACGGUAAGCCCUACCGAUUCCAGCUCCAGUCAUCCUCCCCUCGCUCCCUCGAGCGCGUAUCUUCAUCCCACCCCAGCGCUUCCUCCUCCGUCACCCACCACUGCUACUUCUUCCAAAUACACGAAGCCUGGAAUUGUGCCUAAAACUAUUGGUUGGUCCUCAGACUACUCCCACCCUGUGACCCUGGACAAGGUUCCGACUCCGACCGCCCCCGGGCCUACUGCUACACUUGAAGCCGUCAGCAGGACGAAGCGAGUCCGUGUCACCACUAUCACGACGACUAUUGGCGUGGUUGCUACUGCAGGAUGUGCUUUCCACUAAGAAUCCAGGUAGGGCUUUCCCCAGUACCUGACGGUUGCUGUGAUCCGUACCAACUACUAGCCAUAGUCAAGACAUAGGGUGGAUCAGGGUCAAUAUAUAUGGAUAUAUAUAUCUAGUCUGGAUAUCUUGACAGUCUAUAGGUGGUCUAAACUCCUAAUCCUUUACUCUCUCCCCAGUCCUCCUAGUAAUGUUCCCAUGGUGGGACAGUAGCACCGAACCCGGGGCGAUAAAUAUACCCUUAUUAUAUAUUAUUAUUUAUAAAAGGGGUGGCCAACUGGGACUACUCUGGACUAAAUCACUAGUUCCCUAAGUAGCUUGUACGGUAAUUAACGG